AUGUCUGACUCUACCUUCCACACCACUGCUCAGGACCUUCGCAAGGCCGAGUCCAAGUUGGCUCAAUCCCACGGUGGCAAGCCCCCCGCGAACUCUGAUGUCUCUCAAAUGAAGUCUGUUAUCGAUCAAAACACCAACAAGCCCGCCGAAGUUGAGAAGACCAAGUCUAACUUGCCUCUGCCCGAAGACCCUCCUGUUGCUAGCGACUGGAACUCUAUGGACCAGCGCACCACUGCUGUUGGCUCUGGACGCUUCGAGUUCCCUCCUGACAACAGCGGUUUGCGCGAAGGCGCUGCUGCCAGCAGCAGUGCUCGUGUUGAUGGCAACGUGCUGCACACCAACACUGUUCCCGGCAACUCUGUUGACCCCCAGGCUACUGCCUCUCACGCUGCGAACCACUAA